AUGUUCGCCUCCAACUUACUAUCAUUCCUCUUCCUUUAUGGACUAAUUGCCCGAGUAGCCUACGCUGGACGUGUGCACUUCGAUAACAAGCCCCAAGUCCGCGUUACGACCUCGUUCGUCAACUUCUACGCCCGUAUCAUGGACCAAUGGGGAGACGGUGGAGGAAAGACAUGGGUUAUCUCUAGUGACUCUUCCCACCCUUUCAUCGGUCGGCAAUUUGGUGGCGCAAAGCGAACCAGCAUUCGGGGGACCAAUGCCUUUGGACGCGGAUACCCUUACGGUGUGAAUGAUGCAUCUACAGUAGCUGGGAGACCCUUUCCCUUCGGGGUCUGGCCGCUAUGGUGGCCCGACGACUUCAUGGGCUCGGAUGAAGUUGGUCCACACCUUGAUGGUAUCCGACCAGGUGGGCAUAUUUCGAUCGUCGAGUUGAAAGCAAACAAAGAAGAAUGGAGUAAGUCGAACGACGAGACAUUCUUUGCUUUGGGAGACUCGCAAUCUCUCCUCUCGACACUGGUUUCUUAUGUGACAUGGUGUCACACCUCACGAGUGUGGCCCGUGCGAUUCGACCCAAGAUUACAAAACGCGACGGUCAAACUGGAGAACGUAUUGCGCUAUUAUCGCGCAAGUAGCUUCGCACUCGCUCAUCCCACCUAUACGAACCCGUCUGCCCGAAACGCAACAUCCCAAGGUACAACAUCACUUCCCGAUGGUAUACAGAACUCUAGGUUCUGGCAAUGCCUCGACGAAAUUACGGCGAGCGCAUUGCCGAUUAUGAACCCACCGCCGGACAACCGAUUUUGGCGGGUCUUUCCACUCGUCUACCGCUUCACUUACUGGUUGAUGUUCAUUAUCGGAUGUGCAGCGCUGUACUUACUGGCCAUCACUAUCGCUAAGCUACGAGACAUCUUGUGGAAUUGCGACCUUAUCGUGGGGGACUGGAUGCAGGCCCGAAGAGAGAGCAAAGCGCAGACUGCCAGGGAUCAACGUCCACCGAGUCCCGAGUAUGAAACGUACCCAUGA